UGAUAGAUCCGAGGAAUGUGAGGAGAACUUCGACGACGACGUACUCUCUCUCCGUUUUUUUACACACAAUUUUUAGUGCAAAGUAAGAAAUUAAAUAAAAAAGAAAAGAAUAAUUUCAAAAAUACUAUAAUAUAAUUCGCGUUUACAUCCAAGAAAAUUGUAAAAUACAUUUUCCAAUUCAAACAAAUAACAAAACAAUAGAGAAUCUUCUUCGGUGGGACUGUGAGAAGAAAAAGAAAAUCCUUGGAUAUACGACGAGAAGCAAAAAUAAAAGAACAACAAAAUAAUUGAAGUAUAAUUUCCCCGCGAUAAAAAAGGAAGAGUCGACCGCUCCCCUAAAAAAAACUCCCAAAAGUUCGUUCUUCAUUAUUUUUCUUUUGCUAGAAUUUCUGUAGAUAUUUUUUUAAAUUCAUUUUUGUAUUUUAUAGAAACGAGAAACGUAAUUUUGACGCUGCAAUAUGUGAAUUAAAAAGCAGAAUCUAUUAUUUCGAAAAAAUAGAAAGAAAAACAAAAUUAUGCUCGCGAGUUUCGUUAUGUGAUAUCUGUGCCCCUCUGCACCCCCUCUCUAACACACUCUACGAUGUGUUUGGUGGAUUAAAGAAAAUUAAUUUAAAACAAAAAGAAAAACGAAAGAAAAUUUAAACAAAAAACAACAACGAACAAUAAAAAAAAAGAAAUAAGUUUUCUAAAAAUAUUCGAAAAGAAGAAUCAUUUCUGUGCUGCUUUUUGCUGCCAGAGUGCCCGUUCCGUUGCCCGAGCCCCAACACCAGAAGAGCCCGAGAUCCGAGGAACGAGGCCCCGAACCGAUACCGAGGCAGUGGAUUCCAAUUCCAAUCCAAAUCCAAGUGGAAAGUGCAAAGGAAAUUCAACGACGAGUGCGACGAGAGUUGUUGUUUUUGUAGUGUCUGCUCUUUAGUUUGUGCGUAAACUCGCGUAAAGUGGCAUACAAUUUUUGCUGCAACAAUUUUCCUUUUUUUUGUCAUUCUCAUUCUCGUCGUCGUUCGUCUUCGUUUUCGUAGUUCUCCAAUUUGAAUUUUUUCUUUUUGGCAUUUUCAACAAUUCGUAUUCGAGUGCGAGUCGACAUCGGGCCGAGUCCGAGUGAGAUUUCAAGUGAAAUGAAAAUGCACGCAAAAUGUUGUGUAACUUCGAUUGAUGAGUUUUUGAAAAUAAUUACGAGCGGAAUCGAACUCAUUUUGCGCGGCUGUUGAUUUUUAUUUAAAUCUGUGAAUAAAAUAAGAAAUUUAAAUUCUCAAACGAAUUCAAAAAAGAAUAAAAAUAUAUAAAGAAAAACUACGACAAAUCAGUGUGAACGUAACAACUACGACGGACGACAAGGACAACAGAAACACCAUUAGCACCAGCACCAAUAUACCCAUCCCACUUGCCCUCAUAUGCAACAAGAGCAACACCGAGCGGAAUAGCAAUAAAAAAAAACUGGAUGCAAAGGAAUUCCUUUCAUCGACGACGACGACCACAACAUAGUGUUGUCUUUGUCUGCCUCAUUCUACCCUCGUAAUCGUAUCGUAUCGUACUCAAACGUAGAGUUGUGUUUGCAGUUGCAGUAGAUGGCAAUUAAUUCGAUCGCAAUCGGAUUUAGAUUAGCCCGCAAAAUAAUUGAAAUUUCUUACACGAAUUUUGAUCGGAAAUCAACUCUAGCGGUAGCGGAGAGUGACAUCUGUCAUAAUAAUUUUGAAAUACGGAUUGAUUUAUAAGUCACUUUAGAAUAAAAACAAAAAAGCAAACAAAAGGAGAAGGAGAAUAAUUGACGCGCGGCAGCAGCGGGAAAUUAUUUGAAAAGAAAUUAAAGUUUUCUUUUUUUUCUCUCAUCUUUUCUUGUUCUUCGUCUUUUCUACUUCGACUUCUUCUCUCUAUCUCUCCUUUUUACUCUUGUUGGUUGUGCCAGUUUUUUUUUUGUUUGUAUACACAUAGUAUUAAUAAUCAACGUAUGUGUAUCUCAAUCUGUGAGUGUGUGUGUGUGUCAGUUUCUGUCCAACAAGUGCGUGAAAAAUAAAUAAAAAUACAACAACAAAAAAAGGAAAGAAAACCUUCAUCAAAAUCAAAUCAAAUCACGAAACACAUAAAAAGAAAUAAAAAUAAAUAACACAAAACUAAACAGAAAAAUAAACACAAAAAAAAUGUCGUUCGAUACGCGAAAUAAUUCGGCAAUGAUGAAACGGGCCGAACAGCUUAAACGCUGGGAGGAAUCCGAAACAAAUCGUGAACCAUCGGUGCCGAAGAGUGAGAAAGGUCGGAAAAUCAAAUUCUCAUCGGGAUGUGUAUUCCUGGCUGCAUGUUUAGCUGGCGAUAAGGAAGAGGUUGUUAAUUUAAUUGAGAAUGGAGCUGAUAUUAAUACGGCUAAUGUCGAUGGAUUGACAGCCCUGCAUCAAGCCUGCAUCGAUGAUAACUUGGAUAUGGUUGAAUUCCUAGUGGAACAUGGCGCCGAUAUUAACAGACAGGACAAUGAAGGAUGGACACCAUUGCAUGCAACAGCUUCAUGCGGGUUUGUAAGUAUAGCCCGAUAUUUAGUUGAACAUGGAGCUGAUAUAUCGGCAGUGAAUAGUGAUGGUGAGCUAGCUGUCGACCUGGCAGUAGAUAUAGCCCAUCUGAGUCCUAUGAUAGAGUACAUGCAAAAACUAGUAGCAGAACAUAACAUCGAUUGUGAUAAGGCACGACGUGCCGAAGAAGAAAUGAUGCUGAGCGAUGCCAAGCGAUGGUUGCGUAGUGAUGCUUCCGAAGCAGAUAAUCCACAUCCAAAAACUGGUGCCACAGCGUUACAUGUUGCCGCAGCUAAGGGAUACAAAAAGGUUCUAAGCCUGCUCUUAGCUGGUAGAGCGAAUGUGGACAAACAGGAUAACGAUGGAUGGACCCCUUUGCAUGCGGCGGCACAUUGGGGCCAAAAGGAGUCCGCUGAAAUGCUCGUAGAUGCUUUGGCCGAUAUGGAUGUACGAAAUUAUGCUGGACAGACGUGUAUCGACGUGGCCGAACGAAAAAUGGUGAAAUUCCUUGAAGAUUUGCGAGCGAAUAACAAGAGAAUGAAGCGAAGACCAUCUAGUCAAAUCAGUCGAAUCUCAGAUACAAUCGAAAAUCACAUCGAGAACACCCCAACGAAGUUCAUUCGCGUUGAAGUGAAGCCAGAUACAAAGGAUCCUGUUAAUGGUUCUCAUUCACGCUAAAUUCAUAUUUAUCGUUUUAUUUGUACAAAAAUAAACUUCAACUAAAAACAAAAAAUUAAAAUCUAUAACAAUAUAUAUUCCUGCCGCUUUUCCUUAUGCACUUCCAUCUAUCCAUCCUUUACUACCCGACCAACCACUGCCAUUGUAUCGUAUGCUAAUUUAAUUAAUAACUAAUUGUUAAUCAAAACCUUUAUAUCCUAACCAUUC